UGGGCGGGGCCUCGCCCUGCGCAGGCGCAGUUCGCCGGGGUUCGGCGGCGGCAGUGCGACCGUUUCACUUACGUCAAAACAAUUUACGACAGCGGUAGCGGCUCCGGUUGCUGUGGAGAGGCUCUCGGUGUCCCGCCACAGUACCGGUCUCCCGCCCCGCCGAGCCCCGGACCCACCGGCGGAUUACUGUACUUCCAGCAAAUUCCACUUUUCAAAUCAUGGAGGCAGAACAGAUUAUGGAGGGACAGCCGCAGGUUCCAGAAAAUCCCCAUUCUGAAUACGGUCUCACUGAAAAUGUAGAGAGGAUAGUAGAAAAUGAGAAAAUAAAUGCAGAGAAAACAUCAAAGCAGAAGGUGGAUCUUCAGUCAUUACCCACACGUGCCUACUUGGAUCAGACAGUUGUACCUAUCUUGCUACAGGGACUGGCUGUUCUGGCAAAAGAGAGACCGCCAAAUCCCAUUGAAUUUCUAGCAGCAUAUCUUUUAAAAAACAAGUCACAAUUUGAGGACCGAAAUUAACUCCAUAAAAAUGAUGACAAUUUGGCUGCUAGACUGAAAUGCUCAUUUGCCGCAAUUUGUUUUCUGCUGUAAAAAUCCUUUGGAACCAUGAUGUUGUCUUUCUUAAUCGCACAGUUUGCUUUACCGUUUGAGUUAUUUAAUAAAGAACACUUUACAUUUAAUUUGUUCACUUGUUUUAAACUAGCUAUUAAGAGACUUUCAAAAUAAAGUACUGAAACUGCA